CAAGCUCAGUUAGCUGGCCACUCGUUUUUAUAUUAAUUUUCAUUUUUCUUCCUCUCUCUACCUCUCCGUGUUUUCCAGAACAAGAAUUAAGAGAGAGAGAGAGAGAGAGAGAGAGAGAUAUACAUUUUUUUAAUCUUUCGAUUCUCAUUCUCCAGACUACAGGUUUGAGAUUAUUAUUAUUGGGUUGUAAUUCUUUCUGGGAAAAAUUUUCUUUUUGACCCAAGAAAGUUAGAGCAAUUGGGGUACAUUUUGCUGCAAAGAUCUGUGAUUUUUGAAGGUUCGGAAGAUUCUGGGUUUCUUCGGGUACUUACAACAGCUUCUCCAAACCAAACUGUUCUUGUUCUUGUUUUUCGCUGAAGAUUAAGGUUUCAACAUCGAACAAACCGGUUUGGUUUGGUUUAGUUUUUUUAACUUACUCUUGUAAGACGCCAUUGAUUCUGUAAAAGAAAAGCUUUGGUAUUCUAAACACGCGUUUGGUGUUGGGGUUUGACUCGGGUAAUGCUGAGGUCAGAGGCUUGUAAGACAGGGUCUGGUAGCUUCUCUUUCUACUGGGUAUUUCCGAUUUUUGACGCAGAUCGCCAGGGUCCAAAACCCCUUAAGAUCUGAGUUUUGUUUAUUGGGUUGAGAAUUAUAUAAGUUUUGGGAGAGAAAUAUCAAGUGAAGACGAUGAUGAAGAUGAAGAAUAAGACCCCAGGUCCUGGUUUAUCUCAGAUGAAUGUCGGCUCAGCCGCCGCCGGAGCGGGAGCUGAACCCGAGUCCACUCCGUCAGAGUGGGAACUUAGACCUGGAGGAAUGUUAGUCCAGAAACGCAGCGACUCCGAUCAGACCACAGCCCCGCCACCGACAAUUCGGGUUCGAGUCAAAUAUGGGUCAACUUACCACGAAAUCUAUAUCAAUUCCCAAGCCACGUUCGGGGAAUUGAAGAAAUUGUUGGUGGGUCCGACUGGUUUACACCACGAAGAUCAGAAAUUGUUGUUUAAAGACAAAGAGAGGAAUUCUAAAGCGUUUUUGGACACUUCAGGAGUCAAAGACCGAUCGAAGAUUGUUUUGUUGGAAGACCCACUUAGCCAAGAGAAACGGUUCCUUGAGAUGAGACGAAAUGCCAAGAUGGAGAAAGCUGCAAAAUCCAUCUCAGAGAUCAGCUUGGAAGUUGACAGACUUGGUGGCCGGGUUUCGGCUUUUGAAUCGAUAAUUUCGAAAGGCGGUAAAGUUGUUGAAACAGAUGUGCUUAAUCUGAUUGAACUGUUGAUGAAUCAGUUGCUUAAGUUAGAUGGAAUUGUUGCCGAUGGAGAUGUGAAAUUACAGAGGAAAAUGCAGGUAAGGAGAGUACAAAAGUAUGUAGAGACUCUGGAUCUAUUAAAGGUCAAGAACUCAAUGCCCGCCACCAAUGGAGUACAUACCCCUAACCAUGCUCAACAAAAGCAAUCCAAUGGGCAUAGAGAGACACAAGCCCAAGAGCAGCAGCCAAGGCAUUAUCAUUCCAAUGGUCAAAAGCCAAAAACAUAUCAAGAUCAGCAGGAAGCUAGGCAUUCGUUUGGCCACUCGCCAAGACACCAGCAACCGCAGCAGCAGCAGCCUUCAAGGCAUUCCGCAUCAUCAGGUGCAGUUGUAAUUACCACAAAUUGGGAGACAUUCGAUGCAGGUCCGGCAUCGUUGGUGCCGAUGCCGGCUUCCUCAACAUCCACAUCUCCCACAACCAACAAUAAACCGGUCCAACCUAAAUUCACUUGGAACCUUCUUUGAAAGUUUAGCCAUAUAUAUACCACGUCUUCCUUUUUUUUUUGUUUUUUUGGUUUUGUGUUGUGUGGGGAUGUUGUUUUUGAGUUUGUCUCCUGUUGGUUUGCUAUAAUUCUGAUCUCCUAUGAUUCUUUUCUGUAUUUAGAAAAUGUUUAGACCCCUUUUACUCUGUCAUUCAGUUCCUCAGAAAUAAAUGGGGUUUCACUACAAUAGUGAUAUACUAUUAUUCUUCUCAAGUUGUGUCUAUUUUUUUCUUCUUGAAUUCAGGGACCCUUCUCAAUUCACUUACCAUUUGUAUGUAUGGUUCCAUGUUUCGGAAAGUGAGAAUUUAUUUUCUUUUUCA